GGCCGACAUGCUCAUUCUGUAGACGACUAAACCAGCUAUGCACUUACCGAUCUCCUGAGCCAGUAAGAACUGCUGCAAGAAAAAGUAAUAGAGUCACCAAGAGUGUCCAAAGGGAUGACUUACAGGAACGCUUCCAGAUGCUGGAGUCACAGGUGAAAGGCAUUUAUGAGUUGCUUCAACCAUCGCCAGCCUCAGCUCCUAACCCUGGUCCUUCUCCAAGUACUUCUGCUAGUAUCCCAUCUACAGGUUUGCAAGCAGAAUACAGGGCAAGUCCUGGCAUUACAUCGUCACCAUCGAUAGAGGCAUCCUUCAAUUUGGACAAUCCAGAUGUACCGUCGGAGGUUUUCGACCAUCUUAUAGAGAUCUAUCGUACCAAGCUCCACCUCCAGCCUCUACAACUUUUCAACAUAUCUGAACUCAAAGACACUCUUACUUCGGCACCCCAAUACCUUCUCUACAGCUUCUUGGCGCUCACUGUGCGGUAUAGCGCGCAUGACUUCUUCAAUGGCAAACAAGUCAAGGCGGUUGAGUUGUAUGGCAGCUCUGCGCAGCAGGAAGUCGCCAUACUUGCCUCUCAGGGCAUCCCGAAGCUUGAAAUUGUGCAAGCUUUAUGCUUGCUUGUCCUAGUCGAUGUAGCAGCUUGUAAGCCAGGCCGAGCGUGGAUGAGCAUCGGAACCAUGUCGCGGCUCGAGGCUCUCCGAAAGUUAUCCCAAAGCGCUUUCUAUGAAUCAUCACCUGAACUUGAAGCCAGUCUGAGAUGCCAUUGGACCGUUGCUCUCCUCGAGCAAACAUUCAUGCCUCAAGAGCGCAGCAGUAUAUACGACGAUGACGAACACAGAUACCCACCCAGCGCUCGUAGGCCACCCUCACUUCCGCCCACGAAUGAUGGCGAGUGCCCUCCAGAUCUCUUCUCAGACGAUGCAUCCGAAGAUCUGGGAGUAACCGCAUAUUAUAUCAACGUUAUCGAGAUGUGGGGUCACCUCUCAUCAUACAUGCAUCAGGUUAGAAUCGGGAAAGCAGAGACAGCAUGGUCCCCCGGCUCAAUGCAUUACAUCCUCUGUGCAGAGCUUUACAAACAUGAAACCAAGCUUCCCCAUAGCCAUCUGCUGAGGAAUGUCCAUUUUACUAAAAGAAUGGCCGUCGAGCUUCAGGAUCAGCGCGAGUAUUGGAUUCCAUGGCUUCUCAUGCAAGUCGUUACUCAUGCCAUCACAGCUAUUCUACAUCAUCCUUUCGUUCACCUGGUAGCUAUGCGAGAUAGAUCGAGUGGACUACAAGCCCGUUCCUUUUUGCAGCAAACGGUUGAUCAGGCUCUAUUUAAUUCAGCAUGGGUGUUCAAACUCUUACGCUUGUGCGAGGAGCUGCGCUUCGAGAUUUGUGACCCUUUAGUUGGGCAACUUGUAGCAGUAGUCGCAACGAUACCUUGGCUAUUCCAACGUGCGAUUGACCCGAAGGUCGCAGAGAAGGCAAAAUGCGAUCUAGAAUGGUGCAAAGGGUUCUUAGAGAGGCUUUCAUCAACAUGGCCGCACAUUGCGCAAAAGCUCGAAUUACUACAAAACUUGGACUCUACCGCGGACAAUAACCCACAGCCACCAGCUGGUAAGGGUAUCUCUAUUGUCUUCCAUCCAGCUCUGUUUUGGGCUCUGGUAGAUCCCAAGAUCAGCCAGAUGACGCCGCUAUACGGAGAAAGUUCAAGUCGUCCGCAAGAUGCUAUGAUUCGCAUCUCAACGCAUUACAUCCACCCUUUGACUGAGACGCAGAUAAGGCAUCGAUUGACGGGUCGCAAGUUGGAUUUGGUGAUGGAGAUCCGCUCACGUGCACGGCACAUCGACACUGCAGAUAGGGUCGCAGACGACUUCACAUCCGUCCCCACCGGACACUUGGGUGCAGUAUAUCAGACCAUCGCCUCCCUCCAUCUCCUCAUCAUGGAUCAGACCAGCAAGAUUGUAAUCAUAGGUGCAGGUCUUUUUGGCCUCACUACAGCCAAGCAGCUCGCGCUAGAAGGUCACCAGAACAUCACCAUCAUCGACAGGCACAUGCCGCCUGUGCCGGAUGGUUCCAGCUCGGAUAUCUCCCGAGUCAUCCGAUUUGACUAUGCCGACACCGAUUACUGCUCCCUUGCGUAUGAAGCUUAUCGCAAAUGGUCUCAAGACCCUAAGUAUAAGGGUAUUUUCUACCAGACAGACUAUAUCAUUGCUGGUUCGAGAAGUACGCCUGAGAAGUCUUGGACAGAUAAGACCAUAGCUCAGCUUGAUAAGCGACAGCUGCCCUAUACAAGAUUGGCAGAUGCUGCUGAUGCCAAGCGGAGAUUCCCAAUUUUGACCGGCGAACUUGCCCAACCUAACUUUGAGGGUUACUUGAACAAGUCUGGCGGCUGGGCCGAUGCGAACAAAGCCAUCAAGCAACUCCGUGAUGAAUGUCUUGAGUUAGGCAUCUCCUUCAUCGCCGGCCGGGCUGGAACCGUUGUCGGCUUCGACAGCAACGCUCAAGGUUUGAUCAAAGCAGUCAAGACUCUUGAAGGAACACCUGUCCGAGGCGAUCACUUCAUUCUUGCAGCAGGUGCCUGGUCUUCAGGUAUCGUCCCCACUUACAACUCAACGCUAUCAACAGCACAAGCACUCGGCUUCCUUCAUCUCACAGACGAUGAAAUGAUCAAGUACAAGGAUAUCCCCAUUUACAUGAACUACGCCACCGGAUGGUUCAACUUUCCUCCUCAUGAAGAUACCAAGAUGCUCAAGUUUGCUGUUCACGGCUGGGGCUAUACUCGAGCACCUUCCAAGGGCGAUAACAACUCUGUGAAGUCCAACAUCUCCGUUCCUCCUCCUGUUUCUCGGGAGCGAAAGAACUUUGUUCCAGCUGAUGCUGAGGAACGUCUUCGAGCCGGCUUGCGCGAGAUGUUGCCUGAGCUGGCUGACCGUGCAUUGGAAAGGGUAGCUCUCUGCUGGUACACAGAUACACCUACUGGUGACUUCAUCAUGGACUAUCAUCCUGAUUAUAAGAACCUGUUUGUUGGCGGAGGCGGAAGUGGACACGCGUUCAAGUUCCUCCCAGUCUUGGGUGAAUGCAUGACAUCAGCUUGGAAAAAGAAGCUGCCCGGUCACUUAGCAGAGAAGUGGAAGUUCCAUACUGAAUAUGAGCAUCGUGAGGAUACCUUCCUUGGUGAUGGCAGUCGAGGCGGUCCAGAAAGACGAGAGCUGAGUGCAGCCGAGAAGGCGAAACUGGACGGAGGAGAGAGGUCUAAGCUGUAGUUAUCAGUCCUCCGUAAAGUACAUAUCCUGGACUGUACCGUCAUCUUUCGUAUCAGCAAUAGAAUUUCGUAAGAUAUAUCUGAAGGCGACUGGCCAUAUCGGCACUCACGUCGUCCUUGAACAUAUGUCAAUUGAAUUGGCAAUCGAC